AUGCAAAAUCGGGAUGCCAAAAGUCAUGCUGCCCUUGCCCCGAUUCUGCUGUAUCGAGCCUUGCUAGGAAGCGAUGCUGUCGUAUCACAUGCAGACACACGAGCCUUUCUUUUGGGCUUCAACCUGCCCUGUGCAGAUGGUCUUACCCUGUCCAAGGCUGCACAGGCAUUCACUGGUGGACCGGCUGCUCUCGUCAUUGAAAGCUACUCAACACAAAUCACUGGGUAUGCCAUGCUGCAAGACAGCCUUGAUAUCCUCGUCAAGCACUCGGUUUUGCUGCCAGUUCGUUUGAUCCCAACUGCCGACUCAGGUCCCAUGAAGCUCGCCGAUGUUCUCAGGGGCUUCCUGCAGCGAACUGGGAUCCCUUGUUGCUCUGAUUCGAUCGUCAGCAGUGAACCCAUCCAGAUCACCUUUGUCGGUGACAACGACAGCGACUACAUCUGUCCUACGAACACUCAGAGGUAUUGUCUGGAGCAGGGUAUUGUCAGCUGGCAGACUUGCUUCAACUCAGGAACAAUCCUGACAGGGUAUCUGGCUCUGGUGCCCCUGAUGGACCAGCUUUGCUCAUCGACGCCAUAG